AUUUAAAGCGAUCUCUCAACUCGCUUUUUAAAAGUAUGCAGCAGCUGAACAGUGUAGCCUACUAGUAAAGCUUGCGUUUUGUUUCACAUGUUAGAACAACGAGUGCUGAAAUGGAAAUAUCUGCCUAUUGAUUUCUUAUGAGAUGUGCCUACCAAUGUUAAACAUCAAGCCUUGCAAAAAUAUGAUUUAAAAAAAGCUCCGGCAAAUGGAUGCGUUAAUAUGUUCUGUAAUUACAGAAGAUGUAGCUGAAACUGACCAAUGUUAAACUUUGAGUAAAACCAACCACUCUUUUUAAUCAUUACUAUUUGUUAUAUAUUAAGGGGAGUCUGGGGAUUCAGUAGCUAAUCUAACGCGAAAUUCGAAAUUUUAAUUUAAAAAAAAAAUACACUAUUGCUAUAUUUUCUAAAUCAUGCAAUUAUAUGUUUAAUGCUGCGUGUAUGUACAGUCUAGAUUAGCUGUAAAGCUAGAAAUUGUGUUGGAAGAAACAACGUAUAAGCCACUGCGUCUCAUUUUCUAAAUUUUGCAAACACAAAAAAAAAAAAAAAAAAAAAAAAAACCGAUAUAAAACAGAAACCGAGUUUCAUUUUGUCGGAAGUGGUAUUUAACACUGCUCUUUAUCUCUACUAACCCAUGAAACACAAUAUAAAAUUGGUAAACAACAUCCUAGUCCCUUCUUGUUAGACAGCAUUGCAUGCGAUCCAUUAAGAACGACAAUCCCCGCUGUUUGAAAGUUUCAGUCACCAUAAAUCUACUUUCUGCCGAGUCCAUGAAACAGGUUGCUCUUGUUUCGCGAUGAGCUGACAUGAUCCCUUUUUAUGACCGAAUUUUUUAUAGUUUACGAAGAAAUAGAUAUUUAACAAGGCAUCAGUGUUGUGAAGUUCAGCCCAUGUUAACAUUAUGCUUUAAAAUAUUUGUUUUUCUCUAAUUUAACAAAACAUUUUUACGCAUUUAUUUCCAGUCAACGUUAUUAAUUAAACAGUAAAGUCUAUUCGGAAGUUUCAUCAUACUACGUUUGUCAAAAUUAAUUAACAGGUGCAGGGGAGAUUAUCAAAAUACUAGGUUUAAUAUCUCUCUCUCCCUCUCUCUUUUACAUUCUCCCGCUUUUUCUCUCUGCUUCGGCGAACGAAGACAUCCGAUUUGCUACGUCUGACUAACUCGGUGAUGGAAGCACCGGUACGGCGCAUGGCCGAUCUAGACUAUGGAGUGUUGCUGCAUCCAAACUAACGCUGCUUUAACGUUUCACUGCUACACGCAUGUUGACCCACACCGACCAGCUGACGUUCUCUGUAAAAUGUGGGCAUGGGUUGACUAGUACGCCGGGACACCGGGAAAAAUCCAGUGUGACAGCCAUUCGAGGAGUUGUUAAGGUGUGAUUUUAUGACGAGCUUGACUCCCUCGUCUGCCAGAUGACAAGCAUGGAGCAGGAGCAACGAGGGAUAACAUUAAGUCAAUGCAGGCCUAAAUCUAAUGGUACGCUGACCCACGUGGCGAAGGGAACCAGUCAACCUACUGGAUACCGGAACAAUCGGAUUAGUUCACUUGGACAACCUUAAACAUUAUGAGUUCAGGAUGGAUUAAGCGCACUCGUAGCAGCUCGGAAAUUGGAAUGUUGCGUACAAUAGCUAACAGCUGCAGGCCUACAACAUGCUUGCUUGUGUAGCCUCAUUACUAUAGCGUAACAGCAAAAUAGUGGUAGUGAAAUCAAUAACUCCCAUCCUUGAGCAUCUAGUCCGUGGUAUUUCUUACUAGUUAAGGAUGUGAAAAAUACGUUUUAAAUUCGGUUGACAUUAUGUUGGCGCCAGUGUGGAAGCUUGGUACAUGACAACAUUGACAUUGGUUUAUAUUGUAAACAAACGGAGAAAUGUGAGCCUGGGUUCAACAAUUGUUGCCAUAAACUGUGGUGAAUUCGUUUUUAUUCGAAGAAAUGUCAUGGUUGGACUCCGACCUGUGGCCGUUUUAUAUCAGUGUUAGGCUUUAAAAUAGUACAACUACUAGUUUAUGUUGUAAGAUAUUUAGUUUUAAUCUUUACUUUAGAGUGCUUUCAUUAGAUUUUGUCAUAAUUGUUAGUUGCUAGAUUUUGCACUUUCCCCUCAAGAUGUGAGAAAUAUUUUAACAAGAGGAUUUAAAUAAGGUUCAAACUAUUCAAUAUAUCAUUGUAAAGUUUUCUUGUGAGUAAAAGUUAAAACGUUAAAUUUUUGCCCCUGGAUUUUCUUGAUACACCUGUGUAGUGAUCUUGGAAGAUUAGUUGACCUAAGUCGACCUUUGCUGUCGAGUCAUCGAUUGGUAUAAUUGGCCCCGCUUUCUGUUGCCAGUCAUGCUGGUGUUAAGGCCGAGUCUGACUCUAUUCAUCGUGGCGGUGUCGCUUGCAGCUCUUCUCACAACUGUUUCAACAGCUCUACCCCAAGCUGCCACGACAACGGACGGAUCAGGAGAUCGUGCUGGACACGCCACGGAAAUCGCUCAACGGAAUUGUACUCGUGCAUCGUGCAGUGGUGCCAUGGGCGAGCCGAGCCGCCGUGAGAGGGCACCGGUACGGGAGCCACACGGAUAUGGAAAUAAAACAAAAACUGUUCAGGACAUCUCUGUCAUCCCGCCCCCUGGUGGCAUUUACAAAAGACGGAACAAGAAGAACAACUCUAAAACAGGCAAAAAAACAGCCAGUCCGUGGACAGAGGACAUUCAAGUUGGUUGUCGUGAACUUCGUGCCAGACGUUACAUCUCAGAUGGUUUCUGUACAUCAGAGACGCCCAUCUUGGAGGUUGUGUGUACAGGCAAUUGUUUACCUAUAAAAGAAUUAGAAUGGUAUGCAGAGUUCAUCAAGACUAUUGGAACGCAAAAGCUUCAAAAUUUCAAUUGUGUGGAUGAUGUAGUGACCAAGAAGAAAGUCAAACUGUUAUGUCAAGAUGGCUCUCUUCGCGAGUACAGAAUAAAAGUCGUCAAAAGCUGUAAAUGUAAAAAAAUCAAAAACAUUCACAACCGGACCUCUCAACAAAUAAAAGAAAAAAAGAAAAAAAAGAAAGCAGAAAAGGGUUCAUGACAUUCUAGAAUUAGACGCUUAGCCUUUGCUUAAGCCAGUUCUUGACUUGCAUGUAAAUAUUAUAAAUACUGCCUCGUCCACGUUCCAAUGUUGCACACUACUUAGCUUGAGAAUGGUUAUGAUUCAGUUAUUUCACCAUGAUACUAUUAUGGCCAAGAAAAACUGUAACACUGUUAUGGUCAUAUUACUACAACAUUCCUGAGGCUAUAGUGCUACAACAUUCCUAUGGCCAUAAUACUACAACAUUCCUAUGGCCAUAGUACUACACGAUUCCUGAGGCCGUAGUACUACAACAUUCCUAUGGCCAUAAUACUACAACAUUCCUGGGGCUAUAAUACUACAACAUUCCUAUGGCCAUAAUACUACAACAUUCCUAUGACCAUAAUACUACAACAUUCCUAUGGCCAUAAUACUACAACAUUCCUAUGGCCAUAAUACUACAACAUUCCUAUGGCCAUAAUACUACAACAUCUCUGAGGCCUUAAUAUUACAACAUCUCUGAGGCCUUAAUAUUCCAACAUGCCUGUGGCCAUAAAAUGUCAAAAUUCCUGAGUCCAUAAUACUACAACAGUUGUGAGACUAUAAAACUUCAAUGUGCUAAUAAGCUCAAAUCCUUGGCCAACCACUUCCAUAUUUCUAAGGAAAUACCUCAAGGUACAUUUAGCACCAAUAACACCAACUUGACUCAUUUCCAAUAACUUACAACACCAACUCACCAAAUGCCAACAACACCAAAUGCCAACAACACCAACUCACCAAAUGCCAACAAAACAAACUCAUCAAAUGCCAACAACACAAACUCACCAAAUGCCAACAACACCAACUCAUCAAAUGCCAACAACACAAACUCACCAAAUGCCAACAACACCAACUCAUCAAAUGCCAACAACACAAACUCACCAAAUGCCACCAACACCAACUGACACCUAAUGACACCAAUACCAACUGACCAGAGUGCGAUAUAUACCAUCUUGUUAACAUAACCAUACAUUUCUCUUACAUAAAAAAAAAUCAAGCUCAUCUCCCAGUUCUCUCCCUUGUUGGUUCAAGGAAUAUCCAGUUCUAAAUGGCCCGCAGUCUUCUACAUCAAGUAACGUGGGCUGACGUAAAAAUCAGAUGAAAAAUGUUUUUAAACUUAUCUGGACUGAAGUACCUAGACGGAUAAACAGAAGAAGAAAAACUUUUGUUUCUUGGAAACUUGCGUGCCAAAUUCUUUUUCUUCAUUCCCCCAAAAAGGAUACAUCGAGGUUUUCUUUUGACAAAACGGGGCAUUCAUUUCUUUUUCUCAAGCUGGUCACUCUUUCGGGCAGCACUUAAGAUGUACAGCACUUGCUAGGUUGCGAAGAUCUGAAAUAUGUAGCUUAGAUGUUAGCUCUACACUGCCAUGUUCUCUAGUUUGGACCCAACAUCGUGACGUCCCACACAAAGCAUAGCGAGGUUUUUACUCCACACACCGGGUGUACCUGAGCUUGUGGUGAUAUACCUACCUGUAGGCAAACUGGCUAGAUUUAUACAGGUAGGCUAUACAACACAUACGUUACUCCAACAGUUAAAAUUUGAAUUAUGACGUCGGCAGCUAAGCUCUGAACUAUGACGUCAGUAGUAAGAUGUUGAACUGAAACGCAAAAAGAUCGGAUUAUAUUUUUAACUGUUGGCCUGUGACGUCACAUGAGCUAUAUGACGCGGACAUCAGCAGGCAGGAUAUGUGAGAUUUUGGCGGGUAUGCUAUGGCUACAAGAAGUCUGAUAGGAUCAGCACAUUGUGAACGACAAUAGAGCAGGAACGAAGGUUUCAUAGACGGAUGUGUUUCGGAUUUGAGAGUAAGAUGCGGAGAGGCGCUGAGACCUCGGCUACUAGAUGGGCUAGACGUGUGUGACACUAGAUGAGCACUGCUUUAAGAUGGAUCUGUGCUGCUUGUGUAUGGACACUCAGAACCGUUCAUCUUACAUCGUUCUCACCAAGAUAUGAACAGCGCCUGUUAUGUGUAUGAGCAUGUGUGUGACAUAGUUUUUAUGUAUAUUAUUUAUUGAUUCCAUGUUGAUGGAAGAAGGCGUGCUUGUAGUCCCCGUGUUGUUUCUAGAGUUCCUGGCGAUAGCAAGCACUACUUCCUUCUUUGUCUAUGUUACUGCAGCUAAUUUGUACCCAUUUUUUUUUCAAUUCCUUUUGCUAGUUUCGCUUGGUACACAGUAUGAUUGUAAUCCAGUUUCUAAGCACAUCAAUGGGCAUGUGUACAUACUACACUUUGAUGGAUUCAUAUCGCCCCCACCGUCCCCUGCUCCCCUCGGAGCAUGCAAUUGCUACUCCACCACCGACCCACGGGACUGUAGUGGCCCACGGUAAGGGUAAGCGGUAGGGUUCGACAUUUUGGAGCUGCUAAAAAAACGUUGAACUAAUGGUCUCCAGGUUUGACCAUUCCAGCAGAUGUGCCAAAAAUCUUUUUCUUGUUGCUUGUUGCAAACUCAAAUGUUUACAGUUCUUAUUGCCACAUUAUAUAUAUAUAUAUAUAUAUAUAUAUAUAUAUAUAUAU